CUACUGUAACAGAUAUUGUUGGACAGAGUGCAGUAUACAUUGUUAGUGUUUGCCUGAUAAUCGCCGCAAUAGCAUUUGCCUUCUACUGUCUGUGCAAGAGAACAAAAACACUACCAAGCGAAGAAAGAAAAGUUGCUUUAACCCUUCAUACUGUCAAAAACGAUACAGAAAGUAUAGAUUCAUAA